AUGGGUAACCAAAGUGUCCCGGUCGAGAAAGACGGCCAUGUCGCCCUCGACUUGAUCGACAAAGAUAAAGAAGAUGGCACCAUUCGCACCGUCGAUGGAGCAAGCAUUGCCGCUGCUGAGAGCGAAGAGGAUCAGCCAUACGAGCCGCUGCCAGGCGUGAUGCCUUACGACGACCGCAGACUCGUCACCAUCCGCGCUAUCUUGACUGGCGGUGUCCUUGGCUCUUUGAUUGCCUGCUCAAAUUUAUACCUAGGCCUCAAGUCUGGCUUUGGGGCCGACGCAACUCUCUUCUCUGCUAUUUUCGGAUACGGCAUAUGCAAGAUGCUUGAGAAGUCCAAGGGUCUUGGCUUCGCGGUUCCCCUUCGGCGGAUGUUUAUUCUACGGCUAGCACGCCAACUUAGCCUUUACUUCCCCCUGGGCACUGCAUCUGCCAUCACUAUCCGAGCGCUUCACUCAGCCUCGGAUGGGGUUUCGGGGGCAAGGGAAAAGCUCAAGACGAUCAGCUACUCGUUCUUAGCAUCCUUAGCAUGGUCCGUGGCUUCCUCCUACGCUCCUGGCAUUCUGUACUCAUGGAAUCCUUUCUGGUGGAUUUACGCUUGGGGCGGGCAUAGCAUAAUUGGCGCAGUCAACUGGGGUUGGCUCUCGUGGCAAUGGUCACCCUCUCUGAUCGGGGUCGGCAUGCUUAUUGAUCUCAACGCAUCUCUGUCGUACCUCCUUGGUACAGUCCUGGCUUGGGGUAUCAUUGGGCCAAUUCUUGUUGCGAGGGGAGAAGCUACCGGCAUUCCUUACGAUCCCACAAAUCUAGACCUCAUCACCUACAACGCGUUUGUUCCAGACCAGCUCAAAACAGCACCCUCGCCCCGGUACUGGAUUCUGUGGCCAGCAGUCUUCAUGAUGCUUGCCGCCUCAAUUGCAACGAUUGCCCUGGAGACGCGAAAUUUCGCAAAGUUGGCAAGUUAUGGCUUCCAACAAAUGAAUGAUACGAUUGCAAAACUCACGGGAAAGCGUCUCGUCAACACCAAUGCUCCAAACCCGAUCCCAGGGGCGCCGGUGCUCGGCGAUUUUGAGAUUCUGGAUCCUGUCCCCAAAGAACACCAAGUCCGCUGGUGGGAGUGGUCAUCCGUCACUGUCGCGGCUUUUGUAUUUGCCAUGGUCGUGCUCAAAUACACAUAUGGCGUGCCUCCUGUACUCGUCCUCCUCAAUGUCUUUCUGGGAUUUCUAUGGGCUUUCGUAGUGAUCCAGGUUUUCGGAGCCUCUGGCACCAACCCUACCGGUUCCGUUGCCAAGGGCUCACAGUUCAUAACUGGGGCUGUUAGUCGAGACUCUGUUCAGAAGAUUGGAUUCGAACACGCUGCCAGGUCCAAUCUCGUUGGCUCCGUCUUGUCUGCCUCUGCCGCGAACCAAGCUGGGGAGCUGUGUCAAGACUUCAGGACGGGAUUCCUCCUGGGCACGCCAGCCCGCGCACAAUGGCACGCUCAGAUGCUGGGUACACUUUUUGCCGUGUUCCUCUCCCCCGCCCUUUUUAUGCUAUUUUCUAAGGCUUUCCCUUGCAUCAUUGAUGCAUCGGCAACGACCUGCCAAUUCGCUCUCCCCUCGGUUACCGCGUGGCGGGUUGUUACGCAGGCCAUCCUGGCACCUGAAUUUCCAAUCGCCCAGUCCAGCUGGAUAUUCUCCGUAGUCUUCUCAGUUGCUGGCAUGGCUUUGGUGGUACUGAAGCGCUACUUUAUGCAGACUCCCAAGUUGAAGAGGUGGGAGGCAUUCGUUCCCAACAUGUCACUUGUUGGUCUCGCAAUGACUAUUCCUGGGUCGGCCAUGACCACCACGGUUGCCAUUGGCUCAGUCCUUUCUUGGGUAUGGCAGAAAUGCUGGCCAAAGUCAUAUGCUAGAUUCGGUUACGCCGUCGCGUCGGGCGGUAUUGCCGGGGAGGGUAUUGGGAUACUACUAUUCUAUAUCACCCUUCGUUCACCAGCAAACAACAUGGCCUUUACUCCAGUAUUCACCACCGGGGCUCCUACCCCGCUGCCCCAGUUCUCGCAAGCCGUUGUGUACAAUGGGCUCGUGUACUGUUCAGGAAACAUUGGUAUUAAGCCGGGCGCCACGAUAGAGCUGGUAGAAGGAACGGCAAAAGAUCGAGCGAGACAAGCUCUCUCCAAUAUCCAAGCCGUCUUAAAGGCUUCCGGCAGCAGUCUGGAUAAUAUCCUGAAGAUGAACAUUUACCUGACAAACAUGGACAAUUUUGGAAUUGUGAACGAGGCAUAUGAUGAAUUCUUCCAGCGAGACAUUAAGCCAGCGAGAACCUGUGUGGCAGUUCACCAGUUGCCUUUUGGGACAGAUGUAGAGAUUGAGUGCACUGCUCACUUGGAUGCAACUAAAGCAUGA